AUGAUGCAGCUGCAACUCGAUUCCACCUCUCAGCUGGAAACCAAUGGUCUCUCGGUGCUUCUCCUGUCUCUUUUUGCAGGGGAGGAAAGCGUGGACGAUGGAUUCUCAGUCAGAAUCUUCAAUGAAGACCAGCUGGUGUGCAACGUUGAAGGCCUCGCUUUGGCCACGAUGCACGCUGGAGUUCCACUCAAAAACAGCCGAGUCGUGUGGGAGGAGACCGCACAAGCCCGGAGAUCUUGCUGGAGAGUAGUUGGAGAAGAGGUCAAGAAACUUUCUUUGCCAGAAGUCACUGAGAAGGAAGAGGAGCCUCAUGAAGCAGUGGCAAUAGCCGUGAAGGCCAAAAGCGUGGAGGAUGUGAAGCGCUAUCAGCAUGAGGUGCAAAGCCUCGCAGCCAAGUGCCGUUGCUGGGUGCUGUGCUUGCAGGGAGAAGGUUACACCUUUGCAGAAGCUGCUGCAGAGGCUGCUGUGGAGGUGGGUGCCAUGGCCGUGCUGGGCACUGCCGAGCAGUUCCAAGCGCUCUCCCUGGAGCUCGGCAUGGACGCGACGUCCACCCUGCGAAUCGUUGAAGAAGACGGUCGGUUGAAGCUGCUCCAGCACAAGGUGGUGGCUGCAGAGAAAGCUGCACCACUUGAAGCUUCCAGGUUCGAACCAUACGUGGUGGAGAUCGACUCCUCAAAAGCUUCCAAGGGAGCCCAGUGUCGGCGCUGUCAGCGUCGUGCUCCUCAGAAGGGAGAAGUGGAGAUUCACAGCUCACUGUGGGCCUUAAACUUCCGUGAUGUGCUCGUGGCAGUCGGUGCCAUCUCUGCGAAUGUCGGCGGUACCUCUUUGGGCCUUGGCGGAGAAUGCUAUGGCACUGUGACUUCCGUAGGUGAAGGUGUGACUGAUGUGGCUGUGGGCGAUGUUGUCAUUGCAACACCUCCGGACGGCAUGGGUUCCUACUUGGUUACAGAUGCCCGAGUGGUGACCAAAGCACCUGAAAGCAUGAGCCCAGAAGAGGCAGUCGCAGGCACUUGUGCCUAUGCCACGGCAUGGCUGGCUUUGCACUGGAUGGCAAGAAUCAGAGCCGGUGAGCGCGUCCUGAUCCACAGCGCUGCUGGUGGUGUGGGCUUGGCAGCAGUGCAUCUCUGCAAGAAGGCUGGCUGCGAAGUGUAUGCCACUGCUUCAACCGAGGAGAAGCGCGCACUUCUCCGGCAGCUGGGUGCACAAGCUUUCCACAGCAGAAAAGUGGCAGAUUUCGAGGAAGGAAUUCUGGAGGCCACUGAUGGGGAGGGGGUUGACGUGGUCCUGAACUCCCUGAGUGGCAAAGCCAUUCCAGCAUCCUUGAACUUGCUUCGGGACUUUGGUCGCUUUGUGGAGAUUGGUAAACGUGACCAAUACGAGGGCACCCAAAUGGAACUGACGCCUUUCCUGAAAGGCAUCUCGUACCAUGCGGCGCAUUUUGAUGUUUUGAUGCUGAAACGACCCAACGAAUGCAGAAAGCUGCUGGAGGAGGUUUGGGCAGAGCUGCCAAGCCUCCCACGGCUACCGACGAAAACCUUCGGCAUGGCGAAUCUAAAAGGUGCCUUGGAAUACUUUGCCAAGGGCAUCCACGUUGGAAAGGUCUUGGUGGCUGUUGAAGAUGGUGUACCUGUCUUGCCCAGCCGACCUCAAGUGAUCGGCUCUGCCGGAGACAUCAUGACCCAGUCCCUUCGUGCAGCUGGCACAGAGGAAGGUGGUGUGCGGGUGCACUGCGUGCAGUGCUUGGAAGAUGUCCCGGAGAAGCUAGACCAAGCGCAGAUGGUCAUCACGACUUCCAAAUCCGUUGCUGCCAUUCUCAAGGAGGUGAGUCCCGAGGCUGGCUGCCUUGUGCUUCCUCGGUGGGAGCCUUUGAGCAACCUGGACGAGUGGCUUACUUUGGGAGGACUUGUCAUCACCUCAGAGGACGAACCUGAAGGCGAUUUGCGUGGAUGGCUCUUCAGCAUCGUUGAGGAAAUGGCUGGUCCCAUUGAGAUGGACACCACCUUUGAAGAUGCAGGCCUGGAUUCUUUGAGCCUCAUCUCAUUGGCACGGCGAUUGUCUUCAAAGGUCAACAAGGUCAUCACGGUGGCAGAUCUUUCUGACAAUCCAACUCCCAGAAAACUCUUGCAAUCUUUUGCUGGAGGUCCGCAGUCUCAACUCAGUCGACCGAAGGCCGUGUGUUUGCACGGCUUCCGGUCCAAUGGCGAUGCAUUGGCUGCGCAGAUGGGGACGUUGGUCAGCAGUUUGGGCGUAGUGGAAUGGAUCUUUCUGACUUCACUGACUUCACUACGAGUUGGCACGGGUCCAGCAGCACCAAAUAUCUCGGAUGGCCGCGAGUGGUGGGGUGCAGGCGACUUCGAAACAGGGUGGCAGAGGAAUUAUGACGCCAUCAGUGCAACACUUCCAAGUGUUCGCGCGGUGAAUGCCGUGGGCGCUGUUGGCUUUUCGCAGGGUGGCGCUGUGGCAGCUUUGCUGGACUGUUCAUGGAGAGUUCUCUUCUCGCCCGUGAAAGUACCUGGCUUAAGACCGCAGUCUUCUCCUUGCCUUUUGACCUACGACAACAGCGAGGAAUACGUGGAGGAAUGCAAACAAGUUGGAGACUUUUUCAAAGCGAAGCAGGUCUACACCCAUGACAAGGGCCAUGAUGUGCCCCGAGAUGCAUCUUUCGCAAAGACCUUCCAAGAGUUCGUGUCUGCACAGCUCUAG